AUGGCCACUUUACUGGCGACGACUUCGAGUCGAGGCUUCAUCACGGUGAAGCUUCUCACGGCGCUGCUGGCGGCGACUCUUCUGCUGCCGUCAACCAAUGCAGCGGCGUACCCUAACUGUCCGCUGACCGGCAAACCACCGACGAAGCCAACAGUGCCCCCCACGCGGUGUGUGGGAGCAUCUAACUUGACGUGCUGCUCCGCGUGCUCCGACAUUAACUUCGCCGUUCAGGCGCUCGCCGUUAACGUUACCGCCGCCGUGGAAGCCGCUGCGCAGGGGCUCAUCGAUGUCUCCACCGUGCCGAAUAGCAUCUGUCCUAUCAUGAAGGGUAAUGAGAUGUGUGAGCGACUCAUCGAACAACUCGCCUGCGCCGUGCAGUGCAACCCUGACUCGGGCAACUACCUCACGGGCAAGCCCGGCAAGUACAUGCUGCAGAUCUGCACGGACCACGGGCAGGCCAUCUACGACGCGUGCUCCUCGCUUGAAGUGGCGGGAAUCGUGGUGGCCGACUUUUUUACCACGCCGGAUGACAUCAUCCAGCAGCUGCUCGUGCCGCUCGUCGCGCAGCAGAUCCCCGGCUUCAACGCCACCGUCGCUAAAACCGCAUGCUACUCCGGUCCCACAUUGGUCCCAGUCACCCCUCUCUGCUGCGACCCGCUCACCAUCCCCGCCACCUGCCCGCCCGGUGCGGUCAACAUGACGGCCGCCAAGAACGUGUCGGGGCGCCCCCUCGACCCGGCAAUCUGCGCUGACUUCCCCUACUCCAACGCCACCAUGCCCUUCCCCCCCAAUGCCAGCCCGCCAACCCCCUCCGCCCCUGCUCCUUCGCCUCCCGCUCCUGCUCCCUCACCCCCCGCCCCUGCUCCUUCUCCUCCCGCUCCUGCUCCUUCACCCCCCGCCCCUGCGCCAGCCCCCACCAUCGCUCCUUCCCCCCCAAGCACCGUGUCUCCGUUUCCCCCCUCUGCAUCUCCUCCUCCGCCUGUUCCCACCCCCCCUCCUCCUCCCCCCAAUGCUGCUGGGGUUGGCGGAGCGUCUCUGGCUGUUGCCGUUCUGCCAUUGCUGGCGGCGUAUCCCCCCAUGUGCCCCUUCUUACCCAUAUUUCAUCCUGCUCCCACUCGCCCUCCCGCGCGCUCCAGGGUGGUGAAGAGGGUGAGUGUGCGGGAAGGGGUGAAUUGGGAUCAGUUCACGCAUCGUCACUCCCAUACACCAUAUUCCCCUUCUAGUCUUACCAUGUACCAUCUUCCCUUCUAUGUUUACCGUGUACCAUAUUCCCCUUCUCCCUGUCCAAACCACACCUUUCAACCCACCCCUCCUUCCUCCCCACUUUCCACUCCCCCUCCUUCCUCCCCUUUCGCUCUUCCCCUCUUCCCCCUCCCUCCCCCCCCCUUUCCCCUCCCUUUCCCCCGCCCCUCCCCCUUCCCCCAGGUGCACUGUGCGCAGUAUCUGGCGCAGGUCUGCCAGGGCGCGCUGCCCUCGGCUGCCAUGCGCCGCAUUGGCUUCCCCUGGUCGCCCACCCUCGUUAGACGAACUCUCGCCGAGCUGCUUUUUCUCUCCCCUCCCAUCUCCACUCCUUCCUCGUUUCCCGUUCUCUCCUCCCCACCUCUUUUCCUCCUCGAUUUCUACCUCUCCCUCUCUCCUCCCUCCCUCCCUCCUGCCCUUCUCCCCUCCGCCUUCCCCCAGGUGGCAGGGAUGUUGGACGCGGCACAGCUCGCGCUGGAGCAUGGGCCUGUAUGCAGCACGGCAGGAGGUAUGCUGCACAGGAGGAGAGGGGGGAUGGAGAGGGGAAGGGGGGGGGGGGAGGAAGGGGUUUGGUAA